GCGUGCGGCGGGGCCGCGGCGCAUGCGGGGUGGGGGCGAGGGGCGGGGCGAGCCCGCUCUGGCUGUGCUCCCUCCCCGGACAGAGGCCCCGAGGCUGCCGAGCGACAAUGAAGCAGCAACAGCAGCAGCAGCAGCCGCCACCGCCGCCGCCCCCGCAGCCUCCGCAGCAGCCGUCGCCUCCCUUCGCCAGCCCGGGGGUCCCGGCCUUCCUCAGCAAGCUGUGGGCUCUGCUGGGCGAGACCCCCAGCAACCAGCUCAUCACCUGGAGCCAGAAUGGAAAGAGUUUCUUGGUGUUGGAUGAGCAGAGAUUUGCAAAAGAGAUUCUUCCCAAGUACUUCAAGCAUAACAACAUGGCAAGCUUUGUCAGACAGUUAAACAUGUAUGGCUUCCGUAAAGUUGUCCACGUUGAUUCUGGAAUUGUCAAACUGGAGCGAGACGGUCCAGUAGAGUUUCGACAUGCAUAUUUUAGGCAGGGCCGGGAGGACUUGCUGGAGCAUAUUAAAAGGAAGGUUUCUUCUUCGAGACCUGAAGAAAACAAGAUACGUCAGGAAGAUCUCUCUAAAAUAAUAUGCAGUGCUCAAAAGGUGCAAAUAAAACAAACAACUAUUGAAUCUCAGUUGUCUCUUUUGAAGAGAGAGAAUGAAUCCCUUUGGAGGGAAGUGUCAGAACUGAGAGCAAAACACUUACAACAACAGCAAGUUAUUCGAAAGAUUGUACAAUUCAUUGUUACCUUGGUGCAGAAUAACCAACUAGUGAGCCUAAAACGCAAGAGGCCUCUUCUUCUGAACACAAAUGGACCUACAAAGUCAAAUGUAUUUCAGAAAAUUGUGAAAGAACCAGCUGACAGUAGCCACCAUGUACCUCUCAACAGAAAUGAGGGCUUAAAACAAAGGGAACAGAUUUCAGAUGACAUUGUUAUUUAUGAUGUCACUGAGGAUGUGGUUGAGGAAGGACAUCCCAUGGCUGAUGAAGAAAAUCUUCCUGUUACACCAGAAACAAGUGAAGAUACCACUUCAGAUUCUUCCAACUGUAGCUGUAGCUACCAUUCUCCUGAUAUUGUAAUUGUGGAAGAUGAUAACGAAGAUGAAUAUGCCCCUGUAAUUCAAGGGGAUAAAAGCACUGAACCAGUUGCUGUCCCAGGUAAUGAUCCAGUCAGCCCUGUCAGUGACAGCACAAGCCCACUCAUGUCAAGUGCUGUACAGCUGAAUAACCAGUCAACUUUAACUGCAGAAGACCCAGUCUCUGUGAUGGAUUCUAUACUCAAUGAAAAUGGAGUAAUUUCACAGAAUAUAAAUCUUCUUGGAAAAGUUGAACUUCUGGAUUAUCUGGACAGUAUCGACUGCAGUUUAGAGGACUUCCAGGCUAUGUUGUCAGGACGACAGUUCAGCAUAGAUCCAGAUCUCCUGGUUGAUCUUUUUACAAGUUCUGUGCAGAUGAAUCCCACAGAUCAUGAUCAUAUCACUAAUACCAAAACGGAGACAAAGGGAAAAGAAACUAACAAGAAUAAUGCUGGUCCAGCGGCUUCACAGGAAACACAAGAUAAGCAGCUGAUACACUACACAGCGUUUCCACUCCUUGCAUUCCUCGACGGGAGCCCAGGCUCUGCUGUUGAGAGUGGGAGCUUCACAGCUGAAGCUCCUUCCACUGUUGAAAAACCCCUGGAAGGGGACGAGCUCCUGGAGAGCAGCCUGGAUCCCCAGCCCACCCAGAGCAAGCUGGUGCGUCUGGAGCCGCUGACGGAGGCAGAGGCGAGCGAAGCCACGCUGUUCUACCUGUGCGAACUUGCUCCAGCCCCCAUGGACACAGACAUGUCCUUCUUGGAUAACUGAUGUGAGGGAGGCUCUGUAUAUAGUCAUGAAGAUGAACUAUUUAUUUAGAAUGUUUGGUAUGAGAGUUUUUUGUAAAUCACUGUUUUAUGUAACCAGAUGUGGAAUAUGAAGUACCUUUCCUAUCUUAUACAAGCAGCUGUUUAGCUUUGGAGUUAGACAAGCCACCAGGCACAGCUGGCACUGCUGAGCCAGGCUACUGCUGCACUGCUGUGAACACUUGGUGUUGCACACAUCGCUUGUACCGCAGGUAACCAACACUUGUCAAUAGUGAGCUUUGGUUUAUGGGUUCUUAUACUUCUUGUCUUACAUAUGAUGACAUAAACUAGUAGUGUAUGGUUAGGGAACAUUGACUUUCUGUAUUUUGGGGUUUUUAUUUUUUACAUUUUGUUUAACACACAAGGCUUUUUUGGGGUGGGGGACCAGGACCUGAUGUAGGCUUUUUUUUCCCCUGCUUCAACUGGGAACAAAGUGCCUGUACCUUGCUAAAUCUUGGUUCUGCCUUACUUUCACUUCAGUGGAAGUGCUCACACAGCACAAACUGGGGAAAAGUUCUUGACAGCUGCCAGGCCCCAUGACUGCAUGAGUACUUUUAACUUGGACCAUCUAUGCUGACAAAAUAAAUGUUACUUAAGUGUGA